AAACUUUACCCGGGGUAACAGCCGAGGCGCUUUACGGCGACGGCGGCUGAGUGUGAGCCUUGGCGGCGGAGGCGGCCGCGGCGGCGAAGGAGGCGGCGGCAGCGGCUGAGGAGAAAGAGGAGUGGCGGCAGUGGCGGCGGGGACCUGUGCCGGGAUGGCGGAGGUACCGCCUGGGCCUAGCAGCCUCCUCCCACCCCCGGCACCUCCGGCCUCGGCAGUGGCUGAGCCCCGCUGCCCCUUCCCGGCGGGGGCCGCCCUGGCCUGCUGCAGCGAGGACGAGGAGGACGACGAGGAGCACGAAGGCGGCGGCGGCAGGAGUCCGGCGGGCGGCGAGGCGACGGCGGCGGCCAAGGGGCAUCCGUGCCUCCGGUGCCCUCAGCCGCCGCAGGAGCAGCAGCAGCAGCUCAACGGAUUGAUCAGCCCCGAACUGCGGCACCUCCGGGCGGCCGCCUCUCUCAAGAGCAAGGUUUUAAGCGCGGCCGAGGCGGCCACGACCACGGCGACCCCCGACGGGGGCCCCAGAGCGACUGCAACAAAAGGAGCCGGGGUACACUCGGGCGAGAGCCCCCCUCACUGCCUCCCCAGCAAUGCGAGAACUGCGCGCCCCAGCCCCGCAGAGGCAGCGGCGGCGAGCGACCCCACGGCGGCCCGCAAUGGACUGGCGGAGGGCACCGAGCAGGAGGAGGAGGAGAACGAGCAGGUGCGGCUGCUGUCUUCAUCCCUGACCGCCGGCUGCAGUUUAAGAAGCCCCUCAGGCAGGGAGGUUGAGCCUGGGGAGGAUCGGACGAUACGUUAUGUCCGAUAUGAAUCCGAGCUACAAAUGCCCGAUAUCAUGAGACUGAUCACCAAAGAUCUGUCUGAACCCUACUCCAUUUAUACCUAUAGAUAUUUUAUCCACAACUGGCCACAGCUGUGUUUCUUGGCCAUGGUAGGGGAGGAGUGUGUAGGUGCCAUCGUUUGCAAGUUGGAUAUGCACAAAAAGAUGUUCCGCAGAGGUUAUAUAGCCAUGUUAGCCGUGGAUUCCAAAUACAGGAGAAAUGGCAUUGGUACUAACUUGGUUAAGAAAGCUAUAUAUGCCAUGGUUGAAGGAGACUGUGAUGAGGUUGUUUUGGAAACAGAAAUAACGAAUAAGUCUGCUUUGAAACUUUAUGAAAAUCUUGGUUUUGUUCGAGAUAAGAGGCUGUUCAGAUACUAUUUAAAUGGAGUUGAUGCACUGCGACUUAAAUUGUGGCUGCGUUGAGAAACUGACAUCAAGGAACAACUUUCCAACCACGCAGAAUCGACCUUUGCAUGCAAUGCAAUUUGUACAGAAUUGCUUUGCAGGUGGAUUUAGUAAUUUCCAUGCAGUUCUUAUCUGUCAGUGUCUCAUUGAGUGUCGCACAAUAUUUGUUGCACUUUGGCAUGGCGCAUUUGUUCUGAAUUAAAGAGAUUGUUUUAAACUUAAAGAGUUUUUUUGGUACCAACAAGAUGUGCCAGUUGAUAGCCAAGAUUUGUUUGUUCAUUUGCAAAGUCUGCUGACAAUGUUAUAUACACAGUGAUCAUUUUACCACAGAACCAGUAAGUGGAACAUGAUUUUUGUUCCUUAAAAAAGCCAAUGUAGAUUGUAAAAAUCUCUAAGUAUUCUAACAUUUCACAUGAAACCUGCCAUAGUUUUCUGAAGGGGGUGGGGGAAAAGCUUCAAUUUUAGGUUUUAUUUUUUUCAAUAUUAAAUUUUCCAUUCUUGAAUAUUGGUACCUCAGUGAUUAGUGAAUGAAAAAAAUUUAGGGUUGGUUGUGUCUUACAAUGAGUAAAGAUAACAAUUAAAUUGUGUCUGCCAGUGCCUGUGUAGAUAAGUAUAUUUGUCUUCAUCUCUCGUUUUUUAAUGCAUGCUACCUUUUCUUUUUCUUUUUUUAAGGCCUUUGCAAGCAAACUUGUUUUUAUUUAAAUUCUAAAUUUGAUAAUAAAUUAUUUCAGAUUUUUAUAAUUUGGAUACUUUUCCAGGUGAGUGACAGAGUGGUUUACUUUACAGUAGGAAGUUGAAUCUACUCUGAAAAUAUUUGAGAAAUGGCUCCAAAGGGGAUGAGAAACGUUAAUGGAGCUGGGAAUUGCUGGGUUUUGGAUGCACUUUUUUUUUUUUAAGAGUGAGGGAAUUUUUGGAAAAGAAUAGAAAAUUAAUGUAAACUGGUGUGAUUUUAUUUAAUCAAAAUUAUUGCUAAGCUGUGAAGAACAGCUUUUACAAUGUAGUUGGAAUUUUUUCCCACUUGAUUAGGAUUCCCAUUGCUUUCAUUUCUUAAAAUGUUUCACUUUUGGUUCUUGGUCUUGGAAAUAAAUUUUAAGGUGCAUUGUAUCCAUUUAAAACUGAUUUUACUUCCACUUAUUUGAGCAAAUACUUUGGGGAGCUUUGCUUAGUUCCUAGAAAAACAAAAGGGAAAAAUGGAAUUUUUUUUUAGAAUGAGUUCUUACGGCUUUUCAGUAGCCAUCACCGUGUUCAUUAGUUACAUCGUAUUUUGGCCAGUCUGUGCACUGUAACAAAUUUUAAAGUUAAUUGCUUUCAAUUGAGUCAGGGAACCUGUGAUGGAUAAUUUAUUAAACUGGAAAACCUAGGUACCCAUGAAAAAAAAAUUCAUUCUCUGUGAAAAAUGUUUUAUAGGAAUCUAUGUUUUUUUCUUUCAUUUGGAUAUGCUUUACUUCUGCUCUAGGAUUUGGUUUGAAUUUAUGACUAUGAUUACUGUAUUUUUAAAAACCCUACCUCCAUUAACAGUUGGUAAAAGCCCCCUUUCAGGAAAGUUUGUUGUUGUUUUUUUUUAAUUUUUUUUAAAGGAAAGCUGCUCUUUGCUCAGUGUAAUGUCUUGAAAGUGAACAUGGUAACAAGAACUUUUAAAAUAAAGAUACACAGAUUUGGUGAAAAUCUUUCUGCUGGUGGGAUCAUUUACAGUUCCUUAUUUUUAAAGAAAACUUUUUCUUUCCAUUUUAUAUUGCUCUUGAAAGUGUAAUGGGUUGAAUACUGGUUACAUUAAAUAUAUGACCACCCAAUACUCAGCUUUCCAGCUGACCAUUGUAUGUUUUUGGUCAAACUUCAUUUGGGCUCUAGCAUUUAGAGGAAUGCCAAUCAUUGUGAUGCUUCUGUUUUUUAAUGUGGAGGGAACUGAACUAAAACAGUGCAGUACUUACAUUAUCAGAUUUUAUCUCACCACUUUAUAUUUGACUUGCUGGUUCAUAGGUAAUGAUUGUUGAUGAACAUACAUUUUACUUGACUCACUAAUGGGGCAGUUCUAAAGUAGAUACAUGCUGGAUUUUCAAUUCAACCACUAUGUUUUGGGCAGGUUGUCAAUGAAACCACUACUGACCUUUUCCCUCAGAACUGAUCAAGUUUUGCCGAAUUGACUGGGUAUUUGUAACUAUGAUCUUAACCACGUGACUAAAAAGUCAUAUGGUUGACAUAUUGUUUGACUGGUUUAUGUUGAAUAACAGUGUUCACUUUAUGUCUUUAAUUGGGUAUGCAAAAAUUGUUUACUUAAGUAGACUAAAAUUUUAACCUCUAGCAUGAUAAUCUAGCACCAGUACUAAAUCUCUAUUCCAGUUUGAAAGAGCAUCAAAUAUUAAUUCACUUUUUGAUAUUGGGCUUUUAUUUUUCUUACAUAAUCUUAAAACAAUUCCAUUUAAAAUUGAUAAAGUGAGUUCACUUGGCUAAAACUGAGCAAAAUUGGUGCAACUUUCUUUUAAAGGGGUGCUGCCUCUUUAAGACUGACUGUGCUAUCCACUGACACUAGUUUGGCAGUUAAUACUGCUGAACAUUUUUUAUAUAUGCUACCAUGAAGCUAUAUAUGUUAGUAUUGAAGAAGCUAACGGGUAAACUACCAUUUUUGAUGUGUGGACUGAUUAUAAUUUUCCUUACAUUAGAAUAAAACUACUCGAGAGAAGCCCACAGAUCAGAAACCAGACAUUAGUUUUUAAAGUUGAAGCCAGCAAAAUUAAAAAAAAAAAGGAAAAGAUUACUAUUAAAAAAUUGGUUUUAAUAUUUUCUGCCUCUUCCCUAAAUUACCCUCUCCACUUGCUUGACAAAUCUAUGUAAAGGAUUUUGUUUGUCACAUGUUUUAACUUUACCUUGCCCUGUGUUAUGGUAUUGGCUGACAUGUAUAAGACUGGAUGUGUAUAUUAUGGUGUCUAAAAAUCAUGAAAUUCAUCACUUUUCAGGAGCAUAGAUAAAAGCAAAUUGGUAGUGCAUCAGAGUUACUUUUCAGUGCACCAUGACAUCACUAAAAUGAGUGCUAUAAUGUUACAGGGCUUUCAGGUUUGUAAAAACAUAACCAUAAAUUAUAUUGACGUCAGAUAUGAGUUGAGUAUCUAUAAAAUAUCACGUGUAUCUCAAAAUAUUGGACUGCUGUUUGAUGACUGGAUAUUGCUGCAUAAUUUUUCUUCUAUUGUCCCAAAUCCUUUUGGAGAGAGAGAUUUAAUGGGAUUUGAAAUGUGCAAGCUGUCUAAAUAAGAUGCAGUCAAAUAAAGUAUGGUUACGUUGUGUUUGCAUUUUUCUUUUAGAUACAGCUGUGUGCAUUUUUGAUUGAGUUGUUUUAUUUACUAAGGAAAAAACCCAAGCAAUCGACUCUGU